GCGCCCCUAACAUAUUUAACUGAUUAGAGUACAUAAAAUGUUUUUAUAGGGCUACAACUCUAUCAAAAGGUAAAGCUCCAUCUCAAAACUUACCAAAAAUUUCAUUUUUGGAAUUGAAAAACUUUCAAAUCGUUUAUAGUUGGCGAAAAGAAAAUCAAGAUUCCAAACCCUAAAAAUAAUUAUUUUAGUAUUUGUAUAAAAGAUUGGGCAACUGAGGUCCACUCCAGAACAAACCGGCGAUCAUGAGUCCACUCCCAAUCGUUCGCGGCUCCUCACUAAACAUCCCCACUCCCUCUUUUUUCUUUCAAAUUUUUUUUUUAGGGUUUCUGAGAGCUUGCAACCUCUAACUUAUAACCGAACUCAAGGCCACUACUUUCUCUCUCUACAUACGUUUCUCUAUCUACUUUUCUCACUCCUAGGUACGCAAUCCAUCCUUUUUUGUUCCUGUUAUUAUUCUUAGAUUCCAUUCUUUCUUGUUCCUUUUGUUACUCUCAGACUUCGAAUCUUAGUGAGAGAAAGAGGAAAUUUGGUUUUCAUGGAAUUGUUAUUGUGUUAAUGGCAAGAGGUCCAACUUCGCGUUUUCUCGCUCUUCCGUUAAAGGGCCGAAGAUUGUUUAGUAAAUGGUUUAGUGGGUCUUACCCGCCUCUCAGUUCUGCAACCAUAUCUAAUAAUAUCUCUAAUGCGUUAUCACAAUUUGGGUUUUCAAGUAGUCAUAGAUUUUCUUCAAGUUUCUCUCUCUACCAACAAUUUCAUGGGGUGUCUCGUGGGUUUCAACCCCAGAAUUCUUUGGUUAGAGAGAUAUAUAGAUUUAAGUUUAUCGCACUUUGGGGCAUAAAUGGGUACUCUGUGUUGAUUGAGCAUGAAAACUCAGGAUCCGAUAUAAUUUCCUCUGUUGAUGAAAAAGAUACAGAGGCAAAUUCUGAAAAAUCAGAUACCUCGAUUGUAUUUGACCACAAAUUAGUGACUUCUCGAAACCCCACUUUGUUAUAUCAAGAAUUACGCGAUUCUGAGAUGGGAGAUAAGCAAACCAAAUCGGAUUGGCAGGUCUUGGUCGAUGUUAUUCGAUCUUUUGCUCGUUCUGGUUGGGCUUGUGACCAAGCUCUCGCCCUUUACAUCAGUGGGUCCUAUUUCCCCACUGCUGCUAAAAAGUUCAGAGCAUUUUUCCUUAAAAAAUGUCCUGAUAAUGUUGCUAAAUACCUCAUAUCAGUUGGGCCCUCUGAGGAGGCCCACAAGUUCUUGUUCCCCAUUUUCGUAGAAUUUUGUUUGGAUGAGUUUCCUAAUGAAAUCAAGCGAUUUCAAGGCUUGGUUGAAUCGGCUGAUCUCACAAAACCUCACACUUGGUUCCCAUUUGCUCGAGCAAUGAAGCGAAAGAUUGUAUACCAUUGUGGUCCAACAAAUAGUGGAAAAACAUAUAAUGCUUUGCAAAGGUUCAUGGAAGCCAAAAAGGGGGUGUAUUGCAGUCCCCUUAGGCUUUUAGCCAUGGAAGUCUUUGAUAAGGUGAAUUCACUAGGGGUAUAUUGUAGUCUUCACACUGGUCAAGAGAAGAAAAUUGUGCCUUUCUCCAACCAUGUGGCCUGUACGGUUGAGAUGGUUUCUACUGAUGAACUGUAUGAUGUAGCCGUCAUAGAUGAGAUACAAAUGAUGGCUGACCCAUAUAGAGGAUAUGCUUGGAGUCGGGCUUUGUUGGGUCUUAAAGCUGAUGAGAUACAUUUGUGUGGGGAUCCUAGUGUUUUGAAGAUUGUUAGGAAGAUUUGUGCUGAUACUGGUGAUGAAUUGAUAGAGAAUCACUACCAAAGGUUCAAGCCUUUGGUGGUAGAAGCCAAAACCUUAAUGGGGGACCUUAGAAAUGUUCUACCCGGUGAUUGCAUAGUUGCUUUCUCAAGAAGGGAAAUAUUUGAGGUGAAAAUGGCAAUUGAGAAAUUCACCAAGCACCAUUGUUGUGUGAUUUAUGGGGCUUUGCCCCCUGAGACUAGAAGGCAACAAGCCAAUCUAUUCAAUGACCAAAACAACGAAUAUGAUGUACUUGUUGCAAGUGAUGCAGUUGGAAUGGGAUUGAAUCUUAAUAUAAGAAGGGUUGUUUUCUAUGGCCUCACAAAGUAUAAUGGUAAUAAAAUGGUUCCUGUUGCUGCGAGCCAAGUGAAGCAAAUAGCAGGAAGGGCAGGGAGGAGAGGGAGCAUAUACCCAGAUGGGCUAACAACCACAUUGCAUAUGGAUGACCUCAAUUAUCUCAUUGAAUGCCUUCAACAACAUUUUGAUGAAGUGAAAAGGGUUGGUCUAUUUCCUUUCUUUGAGCAGGUCGAGUUAUUUUCUGGUCAGCUUCCAAAUGUUACUUUUUGUCAACUAUUAGAUAAGUUUGGGGAGAAUUCUCGAUUGGACGGGUCUUACUUUUUGUGCCGCCAUGACCAUAUAAAGAAGGUGGCACAAAUGUUAGAGAAAGUCCAAGGGCUAUCGCUAGAAGAUAGAUUCAAUUUUUGCUUUGCCCCAGUUAAUGUGCGAGACCCAAAAGCCAUGUACCAUCUAUUGAGGUUUGCUUCUUCUUAUAGCCAAAACUUGCCAGUGAGUAUUGCGAUGGGUAUGCCAAAAGGGUCGGCAAGGAAUGACUCAGAGUUAUUGGACUUAGAGACUAAGCAUCUGGUUCUGUCUAUGUAUUUAUGGCUGUCUCGUCACUUUAAGGAGGAAACAUUUCCAUAUGCUCAGAAAGCUGCUGAUAUGGCAACAAGUAUUGCAGAUUUACUUGGUCAAUCUCUAGCUAAAGCCUGUUGGAAACCUGAAACAAGGCAGGCUGGAAGACCAAAGGACAAAAUGAAAGAACAGGUUUUUCAGAGACCAAGAUCCCUUAUAAAGGCGGUUAUUAAGAAGAGAAUUGAAACGGAGACAUCGCGCUCUUCCAAAAAGGGAGUCCCAACAUAAAGUUAUACAUCUUGCAUUGACCGUUGAAACCAGAUUCACAUUAUGAGCUGCAGCAUCAAAAGUUUUCAACUGCAAAAGCAGUAGGCGCGGGUGCCCUGCCCUCGAGAAGGAUUGGGCUUCACGGGAUAGGCAUGGUUUUACGUGGGGUGUAUAUCAUGCUUCUAUAAAUUAUUUUUCAUCAAAUAACAUGUUGUGUGUUUGUGAUUAGCAUGUUCCGCCAGCUACCAGUCAUAGGAACUUUUUUUAAAAUUAUUUUAUUUUAUUUUAAAUAUUUAUUUCUCA